AGACAGUAGUAGUAUUGUCAAAGUAUUAGACUUUAGGGGUUAUUUUUAGAAGGGUUUUUGGGGUACCAUGGACGUACCAAAUCAUGCAAGGCGGCCGAUACGGCGAUCCAAGGGACCUACGGUAGACGUCCUCCUCCCUAGUGUCAAACCAGGCGCUUAUGGCCACUUUGAAAAGAUCAGAGACACCACCGAACUCUUGCGCCUCUUCCACCGCCAACACAUGCGAGGCUUCCGCGACCUGGAAAGAGACGAAACCGCCCUGAACAGACAAACCGAGAAGAUAAUCCGAGACAAGAAAUGCAAAGAACAACGGACCUUCGCGGCGAAAGUCAAAGACCGCUUCCACGAGAAGAUGCAAGCGUACGAGGACGCCGUCGAGAAGCGGCGUGAGAAGCUACGACAGCUGCUGUGCUCGGAGGAACGACAAUACGUCCGAGCAUGGCCGACUAGUAUAAAGAUUAUGGCCUGUCCAAAGGAAUGUCAAAGGUACAUUACGUGCUGCCAUCUAUUAAUAAUUCAAAAACGACAAAAGAAUUAUUAACACCUUUUGAAAGGCACAAAGGCAUUCAUACCGAAACAAACCACCAUUACACGUUUUGAAGUCCCAUAAUGUCAAGUCAAAUUAAAAUUUUGCUAAAUUAUUAAGUGUAAUUAUUAAUAGAUGGCAACACGUAUCGUACCUCUUGGACAGGCCAUAAUCUUUAUACUAGUCG